AUGAAUGAGCCCACUGUCCAGCCUACAAGUCAGACACCGAACCGAAAUAACUGCUAUAUCCCGUUCCAGGCGCUGGGGCUGCUAACUCCAACUCCGUGUUCUGAGGAGAACUGGACUGCGCGCCCCAGCCGGCAGUAUGACAUAAAGAAAAAGGGUGGGGAGGAGGAAGAAGGGGCAGAGCCAAAGGAAUCCGCUCCCUCCACAAACCAGUCCCCGCCUCCAGACAGGAUCUCGGAGGCGGCCGGCGACUGCUCGAAACGAGCACCACGUCACGGCAUCCCGGCGCGUCCCCGCCAGCGGACCCCACAGCGGGGCCGCAACGCGUCGGAAACCCGGGCAGUAGUUGCCGAAGCCCACUCGGGGAACCGGGAUCUCGUAGGAUCCUUUCCCACUCAAAUGUCAAAGAGGCAAGCCCGCCCCGCCCCCUCUCCAAACACGCACUCUCGCAGCACCACAACAAGAGCAGCCCGCCCAGGCUCCUCACCCCGGCCUCACGGCGCCGGUCCCAAUGUCAAGCCCACGACCCAAGCCCCUCGAGGCCAGCAGCUGUUGUCAGGGGUCCCGGCUGGCAACCGCGCCUCACUCCCUCCCCAGCGGAGAGGACAACGAAGAGAAUGUAGGCGAGCGGACAGCCAGCCAAACGACCUGAACUCACCAGGAGUCUCCCAGAGCUGGACCCCCGGAGUCCCAGCACCAGGCCUGUCAGAGUCCCCCUGAGUCCACCUCGGGGAGCCCCACGAUCCCGUUAGGAAACAACGGAGGAUGGGGCUGAGAGCCCCAAGCCGGGCUCCGAAUGCUUGGCCCGGCGCUCCUCUAGCCUGGCUGGCCUGCCAGCAUUUCCCAGGACCCUGCCUGAGAGUCACCCACCUGCCCGGCCUUUCGGGGCUCAUCUAAAAGGCUCCUCCGCCAAGACUAGGGGACACCAGGAAUUGGGUUUGUUUGCGGUGCCUCUGAAGGGGCAAGAUGGCGACAGGUAACAAGGCGCAGGCGCAGCCGCGCGCGGCCAGUCGGGAGGUGUAGUUCGCCUUUCCCGCCUUUCGAAGAACAAACGCCAAAAGGCCUCCAUUCAUCUUGUCCUUCUUUUCCUCCGCGUUAUGAAAGAAAAGGACAGCCAUCACGGAGGGUACUGGGAGUUGUGGUCCUAAUCCAAGCUCCAACCUCUUUCGCUGUGGGUUUGCUAUCGUGCGCGCAAGGAAGGCCGGGAUUGUAGUUCUCCUUGCUUCGCCUGCAUACCCUCCUGUCUCUGGCUUCGCGCGCCUCUCCUGGGCUGCCGUCUCCCAACCAAUCGGCUGCGCUCUCUGCUACGUGCGGCGUCACACAUAGUGGCUAAGAUGGCGCCGGCGGUUGGAGCGGUGGCUUUGCUGCGACCUUUACUCUAGCGAGGUUAGGGACGAUGGGAGAGCAGCUUUGUUCCUGAAGUGCCGUCGAGGAUUAGGAUCGAGUUUCUUCGAUCCUGAGGGCAACUAUUAGCGGCGUCUAGCCCCCCAGACGGCAUCUCGAGAGAGAGAAUCCACCCUGCGAGAAUUGAUAAAGAGGUCAUCGCAGGUGUCUGUAGCCGAUUUGCGGGUUACGGAGUUGCAAGUAGAGAAGGGGAAAUCCGAGCGUUCUCGACCUGGGUUUCCUCCACGUGCGAAGUGGGAAUGGUAGUGAUAUCUUGUGCCAUUUGUCAAGGGCAAGAAGGAGAAGGAAUUUAUUUGAGGCCCUACGACGUGGUAGGUUCACCCUCAGCCUUUGUUCUUACUUCAUCUUAUUUGUAGAGAAGGUCUUGUCGCCCCUAUUUUUCAGGUGAGAAAGGGGCCCAAUAUAUAGUUAUUUGAGGCCAUAAAAUCGAAGCCAGUGCCUGGUAUUGAAGAUUCAGUGAAAUCCCUCAAAAAUUUAAAAUUUUGUACUUUGGAUAACGUCGGAUCCGGUAGAAAAGCUCAUCAGAAAGAGUUAUUAAUAUGCAUUUUACAGUUUCCAAACAUAGUUUCCUUCUUGAAAAAUUGGGUUAAUACUACCCUGUAGGGAUCUUGUGAUGCACCACAUAAACGUUCUAAGUUGUGAACCACUAUACAAGCAUAUGAGACUGUUCAUGUUCUGGAAUGGAACUGUGGGUUAGGAAGAGAAGGUAAAUAACAGCAUUUAAGUUUCCUACUACUGUUUGCCCAUUAGCUAAAAAUACUCUCCGAGGUCCAGGAAGAUCACUGUUGUUGAAACCCAAGCCUACACCUUCAGAAAAUCAGAAAGUGGAACAUACUAAUUACCAGGCCCUCCUUCUGUUGUCACCCUGAUCUUCCAAUGCAUCCAGUUGCUUAAGAACUCUUGGGAAGAUAGUAAUGAAAUCUUCAUGGAGCCUCCAAGGUGGCUCACUCACAUCGGUUGGAAAGUCAGCAAGGAAAGAGGCCUCAGUUUUUCACUAUGUAGACCUCCCUAUAAGGCUGCAUGAGCAUCUUUGGGACAUAGUAGUAGCUGGCUUGCCCUAGAGCAAGUGAUUCAAAAGAGUGUUACAGAAGUUAUAAUGUAAUAUGUAUACACAGAGAUAUUUAGAUAUGAAAUUGCUGGGUCCGUUCCACAGAGCCAGGCGGAGCAAUGAGCAGUGGAUGGAAGGAGUAUUCAGACAGAGGCAUACAGUGUAAGAGCAGCUAGGGGGCUGCCGGCACUAAUGGCUACAUGUCCUUGCACCUACUUCUCUGUAAGAGAACAGCUGCCUUCAGCUUAUUCUCACCCGAAGCUUUGCAAAAACUUCCAACCUUUGAAGAAGGUUUGCGUCCUUUGCCUGUAAUUUCUCCCACUACUCUGACUGAUCUCCUAUAUAAAAUCAGAUUUUAUAUAUGUUUGUAUAAAUGUAUAUAAAACACUCUGAAGGUGAAUUUGUACAAAGCAGUAAAGCUAGAACAACUGCUGGGAAUAAGUUGAAGUAAUACCAGGUAGCAUUUGUUGAAGACCCAUUAUGAAAAGAACACCUUGCUUAUUUAAAUCUUACAACGUUCCUAUGACUUGGUAAUUAUUGUUCCAUUUUACAUUUGAGGAAACCAAGUCCUGGAGAAAAAUCAUUUGUCCAAAUUCAAAUAUCCUGCUCAUAGAAGUUCAGGAGUCCAAAGGCCUAUCUUUUUUUUUUUUAAUGUUUUGUUCCUUUUAAUCUAAAAUUGUAGUGUUUCCGUUAAUAUCAUUUUCUUAACAUUUGUGUAGGUUUUUAAUAAACCUUAUUUGGGUUUAUGUACUCCAUUUGACAAAAGCCUCACCGACAAACUUUGUCAAGGUCAGUCUUUAUCUAUCUUGGUCUCCCUGUGAGGCUGCUGUGGAACAAUAAACUUAAUAUACAUAGAAAUUUCAUUCUUUUUCAAAAAACAUCUUCAAGGCAUAUUCUAAGAUCUUUAGAAGGACUUUUGUGUGUUUGAAGCACCACCAUAAAUGUGAAGUCUUUAUAGA